AACAAAAAACAAACAACAACUAAGCAAUAAAUAAAUAAAUAACACAAAAAAAAAGUAGGAAAAAAGUAAAACAAUGUGUUGCACGCGCUGCACAAACUGAAACAACAAUAACAAAUGUGCGACAAGAAAACCUUGGAAAAGCUACGUGGAAAACUCAGUUAGUUUUGUAUAAUCCGAACAACAACAACAACAAUUUCUCGACUAGAGAGAAACAGCCGUAAAAUGUGCUAAAUAGGGAAUAAGGAGAGAAACAAACGAAACGCAUCAACAGCAGCUCGUACAAAGUGAGAAGCCAACAGAAACCGUACCAUGGACAUGACCAAGGACAUUAUGGACUUCGAAAGGAAGUCGCUAGACAGCAGCUGCGGCGAGCAAUUCGAACCCAGCGACUACACAAUGGUUAAUGCAGAGCUGGCCAAGCAGGCCGCACAGUCGGCACAGGCGGUGGACCAGGUGGAGCUCGACCUGCCGCUAGAGCUGGCCAAAAAAGAGGAGCCAGAAGCACAGCCAGAGCCGCUGCAGCAGCUGAAGGAGGAGAAUCGAGCCGUUGCCGCCGAGAAGCCAGCUAUGCUUAAUGAACAGGCGCUGACCCCACCGCCACGCCCACUCACCUCCAGUGAGGUGGUGGGUCACAGUGAACCCAGCGACCCGGAGCUACAGAUCCAGCUGACGGCCAAGAAGAGUCGCUCCUUGCCCGUCUCCCCACAGCCGCUCGUCGCUCACAAUUUGGCCGCCAUUGGACUCUUUGAGUUCGGCAAGACGGGGGAGACGCCGGAGCUGAAGCCCAAAAUGAAUCACAAACUGUUGCCACCUGUCAAUGUGGGCGUGGCGCCGCGCAAGGUAGCGCCCAGCGCGGGCGGGGGGGAUAACCAACAGUUUUGCCUGCGCUGGAACAACUAUCAGUCCAAUCUGACAAACGUCUUCGAUGAGCUGCUGCAGAACGAAUCCUUCGUGGAUGUGACGCUCGCCUGCGACGGCCAGUCGAUCAAGGCUCACAAAAUGGUGCUGUCCGCCUGCUCGCCCUACUUUCAGGCACUGUUCUACGAUAAUCCCUGCCAGCAUCCGAUUAUCAUCAUGCGCGACGUCAACUGGUGCGAUCUGAAGGCUCUGGUCGAGUUCAUGUACAAGGGCGAGAUCAAUGUGUGCCAGGAUCAGAUCAAUCCUCUGCUAAAGGUCGCCGAAACCUUGAAGAUACGCGGCCUGGCCGAGGUGGGCGCCAGCUCGACCGCAGCGGGCUUGGGUGCUGCCUCGAUGCUGCCCGAGCAGCGCAUGAGCGUCUACGGCGAUGAGGAAGAUGAGGAUGAGCUGGCCGCUGCGGCAGCCUUGCUGAACGACGAGGACGAGGAUGAACUGCUAAAGCCCAAGCGUGCUCGCCUGCUGGCCAAGCUGCGCGCUGCUGAAACUGCGCUCGAUCUCAAUCAGCGCCAGCGCAAGCGUUCCAGAGACGGCAGCUAUGCCACGCCCAGUCCGCUGCGAUCGGAGUCGCCCAGCUCGCAGCUGCCGCUGGCCAUGACCACGUCCACCAUAGUGCGCAAUCCCUUCGCCUCGCCCAAUCCACAAACGCUGCCCGCCUCCUCCGGCUCGAGCAGCAACAGCAACAGCAACAACAGCAGCUGCAACAACAGCAGCAGCAACAGCAGCUCCACAGCCACAGCAGCCGCACAGCCGACAGCCACAAACUGCUCCAGCGCCAGCUCGGCCGGAGUUCCCUCGAACGGCUCGUCAUCCGCUGCCUAUCGCUCGCCACCGCCGCCGCCUCCACCGCCGUCCUCGGCGCACAGCAAUGGCAGCUCCGCCGCUGGACUGAGCUCACCAACUGGCAAUAAGAGUUCGGCUGCAGCAGCUGCUGCACAGUCGCAGCUGCCGCCGCACAUGGCCGCCGCUGUCGCUGCCGCUGCCCACCACGCCUCUGCCAACGUGCCGCCUCCGCCGCCGGGCGCCGCGGCUUCCAUGCACCAUCAUGCAGCCGCCGCUGCCGCUCAGCAAUUGGCCGCCCAGCACCAGCUCGCCCAUUCGCAUGCCGCCAUGGCCAGCGUGCUGGGCGCUUCGCUGGCCGCCGCUGCGGCGGGCGGCGCGGCUGCACCGGGCAGCGCAGCCGGCGCUGGCAAUGCCCCAUCCUCGGUGGGCGGACAUCAUGACGACAUGGAAAUCAAGCCGGAAAUUGCCGAAAUGAUACGCGAAGAAGAGCGGGCCAAAAUGAUUGAGACGAGCGGACAUGCCUGGAUGGGUGCACCGGCAACAGGCGCAUCUGUGGCGGCAGACAGCUAUCAGUAUCAGUUGCAGUCCAUGUGGCAAAAGUGCUGGAACACUAACCAACAGAAUCUGGUGCAACAGCUGCGCUUUCGUGAGCGCGGCCCACUCAAGUCCUGGCGCCCGGAAGCCAUGGCCGAGGCCAUAUUUAGCGUCCUAAAGGAGGGCCUCUCACUCUCGCAAGCCGCUCGCAAAUACGACAUACCCUAUCCGACGUUCGUCCUCUAUGCAAACCGUGUGCACAAUAUGCUGGGACCCUCCCUCGACGGCGGCAGCGAUCCACGGCCCAAGGCCCGCGGCCGACCCCAACGCAUUCUGCUCGGCAUGUGGCCCGACGAGCUCAUACGCAGCGUCAUCAAGGCCGUCGUCUUUCGUGACUAUCGCGAAAUCAAGGAGGACAUUAACGCACAUCCCUAUGCCAAUGGCCAGCCGCAUGGUGCCCACUACGGCAGCAACUCGGCAGCUGCUGCCAAUGGCUAUCACAGUGCAGCAGUCAAAAUGGCGCCGCCCGACGCCAGCAAUCCGCUGAGCACCAUGACAGAGACGCUACGCCGACAGAUACUCUCCCAGCAGCAGCAGCAGCAACAGCAGCAGCAGCAACACCAACAACACCAGCAACAAUCGCCGCAUAUGCAGUCGAUGAACAUGUACAAGUCGCCGGCUUACUUGCAGCGCUCCGAGAUCGAGGAUCAGGUGUCAGCGGCAGCGGCUGUGGCCGCCGCCAAGCACCAGCAGAACGAGCGACGCGGAUCGGAAAAUCUGCCCGAUCUGAGCGCAUUGGGUCUGAUGGGUUUGCCUGGCCUGAACGUGAUGCCCACGCAACAGCAGCCGGGCGGUCAUCAGCGCGGCGGACCGGGCAGCGGCGGCGCUGCUGCCGGCGGUCUGCAUCCCAACGCGGCCAGCUAUGCCCGUGAGCUGUCGCGUGAGCGAGAGCGGGAGCGCGAGAUGUCGCGCGACCGCGAGCUGAAGGAGGCAAUGCACGCACGACAGUACGGCAAUCAGUCGCGCGGCUCGAACUCGUCGGCGGGCAGCAAGUCGGCGGCAUCAAGUCGUCCCGGUGCCGCCGCCUCGCCCUACUCCGCGCACUAUGCCAAGCACGCCAAGGAGCAUCCCAGCUAUGCGUACAACAAGCGCUUUCUCGAGAGUCUGCCGGCGGGCAUAGAUUUCGAGGCGAUUGCGAACGGUCUGCUCCAGAAGUCGGUGGACAAGAGUCCGCGCUUCGAGGACUUCUUUCCCGGCCAGGACAUGAGCGAACUGUUCGGCAGUGCCGAUGCCAGCGCCGGCUCUGGUGCCGGCUCAGCGGCAGCAGCAGCAGCCGCCGCCGCAGCAGCGGCCGCCUAUGCGCCGCCGGGCAUGCGUGAGUCGCCGUUGAUGAAAAUCAAGUUGGAGCAGCAACAGGCCGCUGAGCUGCCGCACGAGGAUUGAGUGGAGAAGUUGCGGCCAGGCCGCUGGGUUGGCGCUUUUGAAGAGGCCAACCCUAAUCAAUUUGGACUGCUAUUUUAAAAUGCCCCCUCAAAAUAAAAAAAAAA